CAUUGUAAAUUAGGAAUGCCAAUCUUUGUCUUCUGCCAACUUGUUCUUAAAAAAGUGUAUUCAUAGUGAUUUAAAAAAAUUUGUACAGAAAAUUUUAAAUUUUUCAUGGAAUUCUAAAAUCAUGUUUAGAACGAUCUCUUAUGAUAAACUCUACCAGUAUUUUCAUUUAUGAUUUCUGAUUGUUUUGCUACUUUGUAGGCGCCUUCACCACCUCAAUGGUAUGAAUAUAUUCACCUAUAUUUUCUUCUAAAUUUUUGCUAACAUUUAAAUACUUAAUCCAUUAGAAUUUACUUAGAUGUAUUUUUUUCCCUCAAUGGAUAAUCAGCUGUUCCAACAUCAUUUAUUAAGCUUUUUUUUCUCUUACUGUGUUUAUUCCUGAUCUUCUGUCUAGUCCUUUGAAAAUACUGUCUUAUUACUUUCUAGUGUGUUCAUUCCUCCUUCCUUUAAGGUCAUUUUGAUGGUUGCAUAAUAAUCUGUUACACGCACGCACCAUAAUUUAUUUAACCAGUCCCUUAUGACUAGGAAUUUGGGACGUUUCCUAUUUUUUCCUACAAUCCAUAUAGUUUCGGAUUGAAUUAAAUACAUUAUCUGCCUCGUUGGCCUAAGUUUCGCAAAUUAUCCAUUUCCACUUUUCCUUGAAUUAUUUAAAAAAUUACAACCAACACGUUGGCCUCAAUUAUUGUAACUGGCAAUGAACUCUUUGGCUGGGGGUUGGGAAUACCAAGGUGAGACCUCCGAGCGACACCAGGGGGCGCAGUUCUCCGGCUCCGCCUCAGCCACAUCCGGGUUCCACCGCAAGUUCGGGCCGGGAGCAGGCGGAACCUUUCCGUCGCGUCCCAGAUUAAUCUGCGCCGCGAGGCUGUUUAGGCCUCCGUGCAGCGCUCUCCACGCAUGCUGCAGUUUGCCUGGGGCAGCGAAGGCGGGCGUGAGGGUUCUGUCUGCUGUUUCCUUCGUCGUGAGCGGAGUGGGCAGGAUGGACGUGCUAGCGGAGGAGUUUGGGAACAUGACUCCGGAGGAACUUGCAGCUCCAAUCCCAACCGUGGAGGAAAAGUGGAGGCUGCUUCCAGCAUUUUUGAAGGUGAAAGGCCUUGUGAAGCAACAUAUAGAUUCAUUUAACUAUUUCAUUAACGUAGAGAUAAAGAAGAUAAUGAAAGCAAACGAAAAGGUUACAAGUGAUGCUGACCCCAUGUGGUAUUUAAAAUAUCUUAAUAUCUAUGUUGGGCUUCCUGAUGUUGAAGAAAGCUUCAAUGUAACUAGACCAGUGUCGCCUCAUGAGUGCCGUUUGAGGGACAUGACAUACUCUGCCCCCAUCACAGUAGAUAUUGAAUACACCCGAGGCAGCCAGAGGAUCAUCCGCAACGCCUUACCCAUCGGCAGAAUGCCCAUAAUGCUACGUAGUUCAAACUGUGUUCUUACAGGAAAGACGCCAGCAGAAUUUGCCAAAUUGAAUGAAUGUCCUUUAGAUCCAGGUGGCUACUUCAUUGUUAAAGGGGUAGAAAAAGUUAUUCUUAUCCAAGAGCAGCUGUCUAAGAACAGGAUCAUUGUGGAAGCUGACCGAAAAGGGGCUGUCGGUGCUUCAGUGACCAGCUCUACCCAUGAGAAAAAAAGCAGAACCAAUAUGGCUGUGAAGCAAGGACGGUUUUACUUGAGGCAUAAUACUCUGUCAGAAGAUAUACCCAUUGUGAUCAUAUUUAAGGCCAUGGGUGUUGAGAGUGACCAGGAAAUUGUGCAGAUGAUUGGAACGGAGGAGCACGUGAUGGCUGCAUUUGGGCCCAGUUUGGAAGAGUGCCAGAAAGCUCAGAUUUUCACACAGAUGCAGGCCUUGAAGUAUAUAGGGAACAAAGUAAGAAGACAAAGGAUGUGGGGAGGUGGACCAAAGAAAACUAAAAUUGAAGAAGCGAGAGAGCUCCUGGCUUCUACCAUUCUGACCCACGUACCUGUUAAGGAAUUUAACUUCCGAGCCAAAUGUAUCUAUACAGCAGUGAUGGUACGAAGAGUGAUCCUGGCCCAAGGAGAUAAUAAAGUCGAUGACAGAGACUAUUAUGGCAACAAACGAUUGGAAUUGGCAGGACAGGGAAAUUGGUCUCUAAAGAGAUUUAAAAUGGACCGCCAAGGUGUGACUCAAGUGCUGUCUCGCUUGUCAUAUAUAUCUGCACUGGGCAUGAUGACAAGAAUCUCUUCCCAGUUUGAAAAAACAAGAAAAGUGAGUGGUCCGCGAUCCCUCCAGCCAUCUCAGUGGGGGAUGCUCUGUCCUUCGGAUACUCCUGAGGGAGAGGCUUGUGGUUUGGUUAAAAACUUGGCUCUUAUGACACACAUCACCACUGACAUGGAAGAUGGGCCCAUUGUUAAAUUAGCCAGUAACCUGGGAGUAGAAGAUGUGAAUUUAUUAUGUGGGGAAGAGCUCUCUUACCCAAAUGUGUUCCUCGUCUUCCUCAAUGGUAACAUCCUGGGUGUCAUUCGAGACCAUAAGAAGCUGGUGAAUACAUUUCGACUGAUGCGAAGAGCAGGUUAUAUCAAUGAAUUUGUUUCCAUCUCAACAAAUCUUACAGAUCGCUGUGUCUAUAUUUCCUCCGACGGAGGAAGGCUGUGCAGACCCUACAUAAUUGUUAAGAAACAGAAGCCUGCAGUAACAGAUAAGCAUAUGGAGGAGCUGGCUCAGGGCUACAGGAAUUUUGAAGAUUUCUUACAUGAGAGUCUGGUUGAAUAUUUAGAUGUGAAUGAAGAAAAUGACUGUAACAUCGCACUCUAUGAACAUACAAUUAAUAAAGAUACCACUCAUUUGGAGAUUGAACCCUUCACUCUUCUCGGUGUUUGUGCUGGCCUGAUCCCCUACCCUCAUCAUAACCAGUCCCCAAGAAACACGUACCAGUGUGCCAUGGGGAAACAAGCAAUGGGUACCAUUGGAUACAACCAGCGGAACAGAAUUGACACUCUCAUGUAUCUACUAGCAUAUCCACAGAAACCCAUGGUUAAAACAAAAACCAUUGAGUUGAUAGAAUUUGAGAAAUUGCCAGCUGGACAGAAUGCAACAGUUGCUGUGAUGAGUUAUAGUGGCUAUGAUAUUGAAGAUGCUCUUGUUUUAAACAAGGCCUCCUUGGACAGAGGCUUUGGACGUUGCCUUGUAUAUAAAAAUGCUAAAUGUACAUUGAAGCGAUACACCAAUCAAACUUUUGAUAAAGUGAUGGGGCCCAUGCUGGAUGCUGCUACAAGGAAACCCAUCUGGAGACAUGAAAUUUUGGAUGCAGAUGGUAUUUGUUCUCCAGGUGAGAAAGUCGAAAACAAACAAGUACUUGUAAAUAAGUCCAUGCCCACAGUGACCCAGAUUCCUUUGGAAGGAAGUAAUGUGCCACAGCAACCACAGUACAAAGAUGUGCCCAUAACCUACAAAGGAGCAACAGAUUCAUAUAUUGAAAAAGUGAUGAUAUCUUCAAAUGCCGAAGAUGCUUUUCUGAUCAAAAUGCUGCUGAGACAGACUCGGCGUCCCGAGAUUGGAGACAAAUUCAGUAGUCGUCAUGGGCAAAAAGGUGUCUGUGGCUUGAUCGUCCCUCAGGAAGACAUGCCGUUUUGUGAUUCUGGCAUCUGUCCGGACAUCAUCAUGAACCCACACGGCUUCCCAUCACGUAUGACGGUGGGAAAGUUAAUUGAACUGUUGGCAGGCAAGGCUGGCGUGUUGGAUGGCAGGUUCCACUAUGGCACUGCGUUUGGAGGGAGUAAAGUGAAGGACGUGUGUGAAGACCUCGUUCGCCAUGGUUAUAACUACCUGGGGAAAGACUAUGUUACAUCAGGCAUCACAGGCGAGCCCUUAGAAGCAUACAUCUAUUUCGGCCCCGUAUACUAUCAGAAACUGAAGCACAUGGUGCUGGACAAGAUGCAUGCCCGGGCUCGGGGCCCACGGGCCGUCCUUACCAGGCAACCAACUGAAGGUCGCUCUCGUGAUGGGGGUUUGCGUCUUGGAGAAAUGGAACGUGACUGUUUAAUCGGUUAUGGAGCCAGUAUGCUUUUGCUCGAAAGACUAAUGAUUUCAAGUGAUGCCUUUGAGGUUGAUGUCUGUGGGCAGUGUGGACUUCUGGGGUAUUCUGGCUGGUGCCAUUACUGCAAAUCCUCGUGCCACGUGUCCUCCCUUCGCAUUCCAUAUGCCUGCAAGCUGCUCUUCCAGGAACUGCAGUCUAUGAACAUUAUCCCCAGAUUAAAACUAUCCAAGUACAAUGAGUAAAGGUGGGAAAAGAUGAUUAUUUAAAGGGGACAAUCAAUAUGUCCAAUUCAAAGGACACAGGGAUUGAGGACUACUUUUCUGCUCCUGUGAAUAAUUCCUUUGAAUGUUCUCUCUCAAAAAAAAAAAAAUCUGAUGGGGGAGGGAUGGUCUACACUAGAAGACUGACUGAAACAUCUGUGAUAAACGAGCCUGGGGUUACGGGAGUGAUGCCAACAACAUGGACUCUAACACCGUCGGCUUGUACUUAUACUAGAUUGGAGACACAAUGGAAAUGACCUAAAAGAUACAUAAACUUUUAUUACGUUUGGAUAUCUUGACAUCUUCUUAUUAGAAAAGACCUUACUCCGAAAAAGGAAUAUUUGGGGUUCAAUUCUCCAUGAUACCUUCUGGCUAACACAAAUUAAGAUUCUUCAGAAAGCUGACAGUGUGAAGAAUGCCGCCUGAGGUGGUGAGCUUGGCCUCUGUUGAGAUGCGCUGCCUCUGAACAAUAUGUGGAGAAAGGCCUGUGUGAGGCCGAAGUAUUGGCUCAUAAAGGGAUGGCUUUCUUAUCUGGUACUGUGAGGACAUAAAUUUUCCCAACAGUUGAAUCUUGCCCUUACACACCCAAACGUUUCCAUUUUAAUCUUGGUGAAAUAGAAUAAAUAUAUUCCUGCCUUCUUAAGUUUGCCAAGGAUGUCAUCUUUUCUUAUGGAUUCAAUUGGUACUCCUUUGAACCUCCAUGAUUGUACCAGGCCGUAAUAUUUGUUGAACAUCUGAAUAUAACUGAAUGGAUGCUUUGUAAUUUUUCUGCCAGAAUGCUAGCUGUCUACUCUUCUUUUGUCUGACAGCCUUCCUUCCCCAUUUGUUCUGAACUACUCAGGACUGAAGCGAGAUAAAUAUUUGUGUUGAGGAUUGUUUAUAAAAUUAGAGCCAGAAAAGCUUUGAGUAAUGGUCCAAGACUGCAUUCCCUAGCAUGUCACGUUGAAUACUAGUUCCCCUAGGAUGUGGACAGGUAUUACAUACCAAGGCUGCUAACCAAAAAGUUGGUGGUGCAAGUUCACCCAGAGAUACCUUAGAAGAAAGUCCCGGUGAUAUACUUACUAAAAAUCAGCCUUUGAAAACCUUUUUCUUCUCUGACACACGAGAUCACAUGAGUCAGAAUCAACUCAACAACAACUGGUGGUAGUGAUUGAUGCACCAAGGAGAAUCAAGUUCCAGUGUCAAAGGAGUUGGGGAAAAUGGGUGGAAAAAGGUAAACAUACCACAGGACUUUUUUGAAGACUUUUUCAAGCUAGUGUGUAUUAUGACUCUCCAAAAGAGGGAGGCUCGAGGAAACCAAUUAGUCAUUGACUUGAGAACCCAACUUCUACAUCACUUUAUUUUUUUCACAAUAAAAAUCUCUUAACGGGAAUUAACGUCGUAGUAAAAGCAUAAUGAAAGACACCCCACAGGUGAGCAAGUCCUCCUCAGGUGUCACUAAAAAAAUUAAAAAAUUGCUGUUGAGUCAAUUCCAAUUCAUGACAACCCCAUAUGUUUCAGAGUAGAACUGCACUCCAUAGGGUUUUCUUGGCUGUGACCUGCACAUCCCCAUUCACUUCAGGGAUCUGAUGGGCAUUACAAGGACAGAGUAGGUUGAAUGCCCAGAUCUUCAGUUAUGCCCUUUGUUCCUUCCUUUAGUCUGGCAUGUAGUUCUCAAAAUUGAUUCUGUGUAAAGAUUAUUGUGCUGGAUUGAACAUACAAAUCAUGUAUACUGUACUUUGUGGGCUAUUUAUAGUUUUUUAGAGUGAUUUGACUUUUCACGUGGCAUUGCAACAUGUGGCACAUCAUUCCCAUUAACGCCCAGAGGGUCCUCUUUCAUUCAGUCUUGUUAUGUGAGAGGCGCUGUAGUAAGGAUAGAAGGAACUCCUAACCAAGUGGUGAGGCAGAGACAUGUCCGUUAGUCACAGUACACAUUCUGGGAUAAGUGCUAAGGGUCAACCUAAUCAGUGCUGAAAGAGCAUCAAGGAUGAAAUUAUUAACUCCGCUCUGAAGAUUUGGAAAGACAAGCAUACGAUUCCCUUUAUACACUUAAAGACACUGAGGCGCUAAGUGGCUGACUGACUCCCCCAAGGCCACCCCACUAACCAAGGAACAACAUGGGCUUGUUGACCAGGCUUUCUGACCUAGAAGGGCUUUGUUUUGAUUUCAACCAUGAUUAUAUUUUCAGUCAUCAAAAAUGACAGUUUUUCUAAUGGUGAUGGAAUAAUUUGGAAAAGGAUAGUGAGAAUAGCAGCACAACUAGAAGAAUGUAAUUGAUGUUACUG